GUUGACGCCUGCGGCUGCGGCUGCGGCUGCGGCGGUGGCUACCGGGCCGUUGGGGAGGGGCCAGUGGGGGAGUGAGACGGCGCAGUGACAGGACCGCCGAGUGUGCUGCUGAGGCGACGAUGGCGGAGGGGCCGGAGAAAGCCCGAGGCCGCCCUCCCGGGCAGGACGACGGCGGAGGGGACCACGAGCCCGUUCCUUCCCGAAGAGGCCUUCCCGCCGCCGCCCCACGGCCCCGGGACGGGCCGCAGGCCGAACCCCAGGCUCCGGGCCGGCCCCCAGCCCCGGGCCUCGCUCCCCCUGCGGCCGCCGCCGAGGAGUCGGAGCCGCCGCGCGAGCCCGAGAACGGCAGGGAGGCGGGCUCUGGCUCCGGCCCCGGUGCGGGCCUGCAGGCGCCGGCAGGCUGCGAGGCGCCCGAGGCGGCGGCGCCGCGGGAGAAGCCGGCGCGGCUGAGCGCCCGCGAGUACUCCCGGCAGGUGCACGAGUGGCUGUGGCAGUCCUACUGCGGCUACCUCACCUGGCACAGCGGCCUGGCCGCCUUCCCCGCCUACUGCAGCCCCCAGCCGCCCGCUCCCAGCUACCUCGCGGGCGCCGCCGCUGCUCCGGCCGCCGGGCCGCCGCCCCUGCAGCUGGGCUAUUACAACCCCUUCUACUUCCUGAGCGCCGCGGCCGCCGGGCCCGAGCCGCCGGCCUCCGCCGGCCUCACCGCCUCGGCUCCGGUCGCCGGCCCGGGAGCCCGCGCGCCUCACGUGCAGCCGCCGGCCCGGGCAACCACCGCGACGAGGGUAGGACCCGCCGCCGCCUCGCGAGCCCCGAGCGAGACCGGGCGGCAGGCAGGUAGAGAGUAUGUUAUUCCAUCCUUGGCCCACAGAUUCAUGGCAGAGAUGGUGGAUUUCUUUAUUCUCUUCUUUAUAAAAGCAACCAUUGUCUUAAGCAUUAUGCACCUCAGUGGAAUAAAGGAUAUCUCUAAGUUUGCUAUGCAUUAUAUAAUAGAAGAAAUAGAUGAAGACACAUCAAUGGAAGACUUGCAGAAAAUGAUGGUUGUGGCGCUUAUAUACAGAUUAUUAGUUUGUUUUUAUGAGAUAAUUUGCAUUUGGGGAGCAGGUGGAGCCACCCCAGGGAAGUUCCUGCUAGGGCUUCGAGUUGUGACAUGUGAUACAUCAGUGCUUAUUGCACCAAGUCGGGUUUUAGUGAUUCCUUCCUCAAAUGUUAGCAUUACAACGCAAUAAGAAUUUUGACAGCUAUACAUGCGUGCAUCCUGCUCCUAAGUGAUAGAGCUUGUAAUACUUCCAGUACUCAUGGCUAGCUGUUGGCAUCUGGCUCUGGGGGAAGGUACAGAUAGUGAUAAUGGAAGUUGUGGAGGUGAGUAGGUGGUAAUCAGUUGAGCAAAACAGGAUACUGGCUGGAAUUGCUGCCAGAAUGAUUCAAAGUUGGGUUGUUUAAACAAGAGACUAGAAAAAGCCUUGAAUUUGCUCACAUCUUUAAAAUUUCCUUACAUUUUUGUGAUUCUAAUAAUCCUGGCUAUUACUUUUUUUUUUUUUUUUU